AUGAGGCCAGAAGCUCAGCGACAGAUAGUGUUUCAGUCCCUGGGUACCUGCAAGCUGUUCAACCCAGAAGAGCUCAGACAUGGCAGGCAGCAUUGUGGAGACUUUGAGAACUGUUCUCUGUGCAGACAAUACAAAAAUAACUUUGAAUUCUUACACUGUAAUUCAGUUGCAAAUAGUACUGUAGUUCCGGCUAAUGGGGUAAUAACGUUGGCCACUGCUGGAAAUAUGCCAGGGAGCUGCAAAAAUCUUCCAUGUUACAAGAGCCCGCGGUCAGAAAACACAGUGAUACCGGAUUACCCUGCCUCAGCAACAAGCAAAGGAGAUGUUUCUACUGCAUGCUGUGCGCGACCGAAGAGCCGUGGCCCUAAAGUGAGUGAGCCCCAAAACAUGUAUGCUUUGGAUCAGACAGAAGUGAAUAACAACUGUGAAUAUCAAACCAGAGAUGUAGUUUCUCAUUCUGUUGGUGCGCACGAUAGCUUUAAUUCGAGUUUCAGCUUCAUACAGCUCUCCCUGAACUCGUCUGUUGGAGUCAGCGAUGCUGAAGUCAGGUCAGCUCUCAAGGAAGCUGAGUAUGUUCUGCAUCCCAGCACUGCAGGAAAUUUGCAGAAGCCAGACGAGACAGCACAGACUUGUGAGCGCUCGGGAGCUUUGCAUCGCUUCUCCAGGCCCAGGGACGGUUUGGAGUAUGAAAAUGAUACCACAGCAAAUGAUAAACUACAGGACUGUGAGACAGUCUCUCUCUCAGAUACAGACGCAGCAUUUUCAUAUUCUACAGAUUCCUCGGCUGCAGCAUCUGCUGAUUCUUCAGUCACCUCAGGCUAUGAAAGCAGCUUUACUGUUAGUGACCAUAACUGGGAUACUUUGAUGAAAAAAUAUGAACCAGUGCUACAGGACUGCCUGCUUGGCAACCGCAGCACAUUAAAGAUAAAAUCCCUGAUCUUACAGCUUCAGAGGCUUCAGGAAAAAGCGAUAGAGGAAGAUGACUAUGAUAAAGCCGAUAAAUUUAGACGGAAACUGGAAGAAAUGGAGAAAGAAAAAAAUUCUUUGAAAUUUCAGCUUCCAUCAAGGCAUCCAUCAAUUAGCAAUUUUUUGGAUAGAUUUGUUACCCAGGUUCAAGAAGUGUUGCGCUGGGCUGCUGAUUGUCGGGUUAGACAUGAAGAAACCCAGCUUUGGCACGAAAACGAACGUAAACUUUUGAGAUCCACUUAUCAAGAGAGGAUGCAGGUUUCAGCCUCAAAACGAAACCACCUUUUUCAAGAAAAGAAGUGGUUACAGAAGGAAAUCGAAGAUCUUCGAGCAAGACUGGCCAUAUUAGAAGCAAAAGAUCAACAGCUAAGGAGAGAAAUUGAAGAACAAGAUAGACUUAUUCAGUCACAGGACUGUGAGCUGACUGCUUUGCUUGGCUGCAUUUCUUUGAGAGAACUACAGGAAAUAAGCAAGGCUGUGGAUGACACGUUAGCAUCCUCCUAUCAAAUUCCAUUCAGCCUGGAUCUUCCAGGGACGUUAAAGAG